AUGACUUGCAUGAACACUGCCAAGUCUUCAGGCAUUGGUCUUGUGACACAUCUGUCCACCAUUCUGUUCACUCCACACGCCGCCGUGCCGUGCGCCGUAACCGUUGAGCGACAUCGCUAUGAGCUCUCCCCACGUUUCUUUUUCAUGUUUCUUCCACAGUUGAAUUGCCCUCCCUCGACGCUAGUUAAGACCCAGUUUUCGGAUAUGGAUGACUGCGAAAACUCACCACCGCCCGCCACCCAGUCCUCUGCUGUUGCGGGUGCUCCUGCUACCGUCAAAGCCCGCCCACAUUACCUAUCAGCUUCAUGA